AUGGGCAAUGGCUCAAAGCCACGCCCAGUCUGGACACCUGUUGUCCCCCAAGAUCAAAUACCUAUGAACAUCUACCGAGCGCAUGUCAACAAAAAGUUCAACCAGAACUUGUGUUCUUCACAAGAGCUACAUAAAUGGUCUGUCGAGAACCUGCAGGACUUUUGGACAGAUCUCCAUGGCUAUACCAGUGUUAUCCCACCAUUGCCAGAAAACACUACUAUGGCCUUUGAUUCCAAUACACCAAUGGAGAAAGUACCCGAGUUCUUCAGCGGCGCGACUGUGAAUUACGCUGAGAACGUCUUGAGUGGCAGAGAUUUGAACAAAACUGCGCUAAUAGGUGUUCGUGAAGGCCAUGAUUUGAGUGGGGAGGUCUGGACGUGGGGUUUGCUAUGUGAAAAUGUCCGAAAGGCCAGAAGCGCAUUACUGCAAAUGGGCGUCCAAGAAGGGGACCGGGUAUCAGCUAUCAUCUCUACCAGUGUCUGGUCCAUUGGACUAUUCCUAGCAACUGCAAGUAUGGGUGCUAUCUGGACAAGCAUUGCGCCUGAUCUAGGCGAAGAGGUCACGCCCAGAGUGCUUUUUGCAGAUAGCGAGUCUACAUACAAAGGCAAAAUGCGAUCCAACAGCAAGAAGAUUAGCAACAUCGUUCAAGCUAUGAAAGUGAAACCCGAUGUCUUCUUGAUUCCUAUAACAGGAACUAAUGAUGGGGCAUUCUCCACCCUUGACCACUUUUUGUCGAAGUCACGACCAGAAGACAGACUGGACUUUAAGAGACUCGCUUUCUCACAUCCACUUUACAUUCUCUAUACAAGUGGAACGACUGGUCAACCGAAAUGUCUAGUUCACAGCCACAGCGUGAUCCUACAACACAAGAAGACAUCCGUACUCCACAACUCACUCACAUCCGACGACGUUGUUUUCCAGUUCAGCAGUACCUCAUGGGUUCUAUGGAAUAUAAUGGUUGGCCAUUUAUCCGUUGGACCAACUCUGAUUCUAUAUGACGGAUCGCCACUCUGGCCUACAGCAAAGAUCUUAGCCAAGGUCGCAGAAUAUCACUGUGUCACGUAUUGGGGAUGUUCACCUCGCUAUUUACAAGAGCUUGAAAUGACACGAUCUAUGCCCAAGGAUGAAUUUGAUCUCUCCUCCCUGCGAAUGGUACAAACCGGUGGCUCCCAUCUAAGUGCAGACCAGUAUUAUUGGUUCUAUCGUGCAUUCCCAUCGCAUGUACAUCUCACCAGCGUGACGGGUGGAACUGAUUUAGUCACAUCUUGGAUUGGUACUGACCCUGCUGGUCCGGUUUAUGCAGGGGAGAUUCAACUGCCCAUGUUAGGUCAGGAUGUUGAUGUGGCUGAUCCCAUAACUGGAGAAUCAAUCAAAGAGUCCGGUCGGAAUGGUGAAUUUGUUUGUCGACAGCCGUUCCCAUCUAUGCCUGUCUUCUUCUGGGGAGAUAAAGAUGGAGCCAAAUAUAAAGACACUUAUUUUGAUAAGUUUGAUAACUGCUGGGCUCAACAUGACUGGGCAAGCUAUAAUCCCGAGACAAAGGGCUGGCAAAUACAUGGUAGAAGCGACGGCGUGUUGAAUCCUCAAGGAAUUCGAUUCGGAUCAUCAGAUAUCUACUCUAUCACCGAGUCAGCACCAUUCAACGAAAUCAUAUCCUCUACUCUAUGUAUUGGAAGACGCAGACCACAGGACUCAGAUGAAUCGGUGUUCCUGUUUGUUAUUAUGCAAUCCAAUCAACCAUUCACCAGUCAACUUGCUCUUGAGUUGAAAAACGCCAUUCGGAACGGAUUGAGUAGUAAACAUGUUCCUCGCUUCGUGUUUGGUGUCAAGGAGGUUCCCAUGACAGUCAAUGGGAAGAAAGUUGAAACUUUGGUAAAACAAGUUAUAUGCUCUGGGCAGUUACCGAAGACUAUCAGCAGCACAGUUGCCAAUCCUGGAUGCUUGGAGCAUUUCAGAAAGUACUUCGAUCUGGAAGUUUCUCAGGAAACCAGAGCGAAGCUAUAG